AUGCUGUUCUGACAGUUUGUGAUUACUUUUGUCUUUUCUGGCAAUACAAAAACAUGUCGGAGACUGCUCCAGUUGCUCCUACCACUCCUGCACCCGCAGAAAAAACACCUGUGAAGAAAAAGGCGAAGAAAGCAGGGGCAACUGCUGGGAAACGCAAAGUAUCCGGACCCCCAGUGUCUGAGCUUAUCACCAAGGCGGUGGCAGCUUCCAAGGAGCGCAGCGGCGUUUCUCUGGCCGCGCUUAAGAAAGCGCUUGCGGCUGCCGGCUACGAUGUAGAAAAAAACAACAGCCGCAUCAAGCUUGGCCUCAAAAGCUUGGUGAGCAAAGGUACUCUGGUGCAGACCAAAGGUACCGGUGCUUCUGGUUCCUUCAAACUCAACAAGAAAGCGGCUUCCGGGGAAGGCAAACCCAAGGCCAAAAAGGCUGGCGCAGCCAAGUCUAAGAAGCCUGCUGGGGCAGCCAAGAAGCCCAAGAAGGUGACUGGCGCCGCUACCCCGAAGAAAAGUAUCAGAAAGACUUCCAAGAAGGCAAAGAAGCCAGCAACCGCUCCUGGGACCAAGAAAGUGGCAAAGAGUGCGAAAAAGGUGAAAACACCCCAGCCAAAAAAAGCUGCCAAGAGUCCAGCUAAGGCCAAAGCCCCUAAGCCCAAGGCAGCUAAGCCUAAGUCGGGGAAGCCGAAGGUUACAAAGGCAAAGAAGGCAGCUCCGAAGAAAAAGUGAAGCUGGCGGGACGUUCCGCUUUGAAAAUUUAAACGGCUCUUUUCAGAGCCACCCACAGGUCUCAGUCAAAAGAGCUGAAGCUUUUUUGGGGGGGGCGGGGGAAGUGGGGUGGAGAGGGGUGCGGGUGUUGCGGUGUUGUGCGGCCACGGUCUAUCCCAGUCAUGCUGGUUGGGGGUCAGUAAUUCACAGCUCCCAGCAUCCUGGGCGGGAGGAUCCUCCCGCCUCAGUCUCAGCCAGUCACCGGAGUAGCUAAGGCUACUUGAGCCACCAAGUCCUACUUUUUCUUCAAAUUCCCGCGGUGGUGUGUGAUUGGCCGGCUGAUUUUUCUUAAAGCGCGGCGCUUAAAAGUGGCCCUGAAAAAAUUUUAUUUAUGGCACAAGGAUAUGGUGUAAAUGCUUUAGUUUACUUUAGCAUUGAGGUGACUUCUUGGGCACAGCCCUUCCUGGUUGUGAGCAAUACGUGGCAUGCCCAAGGUGCCUGCGGUCCACGAUCUUGUGCAGUUAGUCGUUGAGAAUGGCCAACUGCAGGUGGCGCCCGAUGUCUUUUGGCAGGCCUUUGAUAAGCCUUAGCGCUGGGAUAUCGGCCCUCAGGUACUGUACUUGGAAAUAGGCAGUGUGGGGGCUGCACUGCCUGACGAGGUGGCUCGCCUGUAAUCCCAGCAUUUUGGGAGGCCGAGACGGGCGCAUCACGAGGUCAGGAGUUUGAGGCCAGCCUGAAGAACAUGGUGAAGCCCCAUCUCUACUAAAGAAAAUACAAAAAUCAGGCGUGGUGCCGCGCGCCUAUAAUUCCAGCUACUUGGGGGCUGAGGCAGAAGAAUCACUUGAACCCGGGAGGCGGAAGUUGUAGUAAGCCGAGAUCGCGCCACUGCACUCCAGCCUGGGCGAUAGAGCGAGACUCCGUCUCAAAAUAAAAAGUGUGGCCAUUGUCUUUUUCUGUCAGUGGCCAGCGUCUCCAGGACUUAUUUUCCCAGGGGCUCUCUUGCUUGUUCAUUUAUUUCUGCCUACUCUUAACCUCCUAGCACUGCCGCCAGGUAACACUAGCAUGCUGGCCCAACCCGCUCGGAGUAGCUGUCUUUGCGGAGGACGCGGUGUAUUAGCCCUACUGGCAACUGUAGGCCCGCGUGGCAAAGCAGGUCUUGCUUUUGGCGCGAGUUUGGUCUUGCUUCCCGCGUCCAGGUAACGUUAGAAAAAAAGGCAGUUCUUGUGUUAAGCCAAUCGGAGGGAUAGUGGAUAGUUCAUCAUAGUCUCUGGCUCAGUUUUGUAAAACUUGCUUUUUCUAUUGGUUUGCAGAGCCUGCUGAAUUAACCAAUCAAAACGUAUUCUUAGAUUUUUAUUUGCGUGGAUUUUCCGAGAGAAAAUUUUUCACCAAUCAGGUUGCAAUAUUAAAAGUUGUGUAUGCUGGGCCGUAGUCGAAAAGCCUGUUUUUUUUCCACCUCCCCCUCAGAUGGAAUACUCCAAAUGGAAUUCUCUUUUUGGAGACUACUCACCUUGUCAUUCUGCGUCAAUCUGCACAAGUAUUGCUACCACCCUGAUGCUGAGAGAGAGUAAAAAGUAUGAAAGGAACCUCUGUCAGCUUAUAAUCUACUUCCUUUCCCAAAUUGCUUUCUCACAGAUUGAGCUGAACCAGGGAGCUAGAGUUAGCUAUCCAAUACAUAUUUGGUGAUUAGAUAAGAAA